AUGGCCAUAAUUCACGCCGUUCAAACCCGUUUAGGCAAAGUGAUCAAUAUAGACGUUCCUCGUAAUCCCGAUACCCUCCAAGCGACCCAUCUAAUCUUUCUCACUCUUUCACAUCCUGUCUCUCUCUCCGAACCAAUCAGAAUGGAAAUCCCUUCACCUAGAUCUUCCGUACCCGACGUACAUAUGGGAGGACCCAAAUGGGGAGACGUUGUACGUGUUUUGCGAGGAGGAAAGAGGUCUGGGGAUGAUGAGAUGAGUGAACCGCUGAGGUUUACCGUGGAGAGGAGAGAGAAUAGUUCGAAGAGAGGGACAGAGAGAAGGAUGAAGGCUGAGAUGAAGAAGAAUAGAAGAACGGAGGAGGAGAUUGAAGAGGAUAAAGAGAUUGUGGAGGCUUUGGAGAGGUUUGGACCAGGUUUUUUCGGCGGUUUCUCAGGGGUGGCAGAACGUUUAAAGGAAUCGCUCAAGGAGGUGGAGAAUGGGGAAGUGGUACAGGGCAAGGGAAUGAAGGGAUAUGGACGGACCGAUAUGGGUGGUCAGGUGGAUGGGGCUGGGGAGGGGGAAGAGAGGUCUGAGGGACAGUCACUCAAAAACCACACUAUGACCCUUCCCAAUAUCUCAUCCCUCCCACAACGUCCUAUUUCUCUCCCACUUCGACCCUCCACCACCUCCUCUUCCCCUCUCAGCCGUCCACUUCCCGUCAAACCUUCAAGCUUCCUUCCUUCCAUACCCUCCGCUCUUCCUCUUCCUACCACUGAUCCCACCCCCAACACCUUCCCUGCCACCUGCGUAAUCUGCUCUUUACAAUCCAAAUACACAUGCCCCGGCUGUUCCCGCAAGAGCUGUUCAGCAGAAUGUUCUAAAUCUCAUAAAUCUCUGUUCUCCUGUACGGGCCAACGAAAUCCUAUAACUUACAAACCUCUCAAUUCUUACACUCAAGGUGACUGGGCAGAGGAUUACGUAUGGUUGGAACAAGGUAGGAGAAAGGUUGCAGAAUGGGGAGAAGAAGUUUCCACCUCGAUGGAGUCUGCCGCACGAGGUAGGGGUGGGGUCAGAGGUGGUGGUAGAGGAGGAAGGGGAGGAAGAAGUGGAAGGAAGAAGAAUGUGAAAUUGAAUGGUUUACAAAGACAAUUAGAAGAAAGAGGAUGUAUAGUGAAAUUCGUUUCUGAUGGAAUGGAGAGAAGAAAGAUGAACCAAAGUAGUUGGAAUCCGAAGACGAGAAACCUUUUCAUCACCAUCGAACUACUCCAUUCUGACAAGACCGGCAAACCUAUUAAAACAUUUCAUCCGAGGGUAUUAUUCGACACCUCACAAGGAGAACUCCGAACACUUUCGUCUUUAUUCCCAUCACAUCUCUCCUCAGAGAAUACAAUCUGUGUUUUACCUUACAUUCCCAUCUUCUCACCCUUUCCUGCUUCUUCCAAAUUCGACGCAACUCGUACGUCCGAUGGAAGUUUCUCAAAUCCUCUAAUCCCCCUCACUUCCCCUUCGACGAAUUCACCUAAUCCUCCACUCUCUUCUUUAUAUACGUCAUCGACUAUCCUCUCCUCUUCCUCCGUCCCUACAUCAUCCUCUGUUCCCCUAUCCACCCUCACUUCUCACCCCACAUCAUCAAAUCCAAAAUUACCUUCCAGGCUAGACCAAACAACGAUACCAUCUCCGCCUAAGAUGUUUUACCCCCCUCUGGACGUUACAAUCCCAUUGAGGGAUUCAUUAAAAGGGACAGAAUGGCUGGAAUAUCCUUCCAUUCACUUGUUCGACAAGAUGGAUUGGGAAGAAAAAUUGAAACAGGGAGAAGUGGUGAUUAUCCCUGUUCACGUCGAGAAAAGAGAAAAAGGAGACUCGUCCAGGGGUAUCAAACGAGCUCGGUCGGAGGAUGAUGUGGGGGGUAAGGGGGAUAUAAUGAGGGAUGGGGGAUGGAAGAAUCGGAAAGUGGAGUUAGCCGGUGUUUUGGGAUAUGAUUCUCCAGAUGGCGAUACUGAUGGGGAGGGGGAGGGGGAGGGGGAGAAUGACGAAGGUGAUAACGACUAG